GCAACGCGCGCCAUUGUUGAGAACGUCGUUUGGAUAAGUUGUUUUAUUAAGCAUUUAGAAAUCUAAAGACUUUAAAUUGCAGGAGCGAAGACCAGACGACAUAAAUCAGUACUUGGAUAAACAGUUUCGUUACUCUAUAGAUAUGGCACAGCGGGUCACUGUGAAUGAUGCCGCUGCUGGAUCCAAACGGACUUCUCGGGUUCGUGUGGCGGUUCGGCUGAGACCCUACAUGGACAAACAGGACGAAAAAGGAGAAGGGUCCUGUGUCAGGGGCCUGGGGCCACAGAAGCUGGAGAUAAUCAACUGGAGGAACGCCACAGAGACCCUCCAAUACCAGUUUGAUGUGUUUCAUGGUGAACAGACCACGCAGCAGGAAGUAUUUUUGACGUCAGUUAAACCCAUUCUCCCCCACAUCCUCAAUGGACAGAAUGCCAGCGUCUUUGCUUAUGGACCCACUGGAGCAGGAAAGACCCACACUAUGCUCGGCAGUCAAGAGCAGCCAGGGAUUAUUCCCAGAGCAGUCAGAGAGGUCUUCUAUCUGGUCGGAGCACAGGAAAAGGAGCAGGAUGGAUGGGAAUACUCUGUUGGGAUGUCCUACUUGGAAAUCUACAAUGAAAAGGUGCUGGACCUGCUGUCCCCAGGUUCCCAAGACUUGCCUAUCCGUGAAGACAAGGACAGGAACAUCCUGAUUCCUGGGCUAACACACACAGCCCUCUCCUCCUUCACUGACUUUGACACUCAUUUCAUCCCUGCGAGUCUGAACCGCACCACGGCCUCUACUAAACUAAACAAGCGUUCCAGCCGCAGUCAUGCUAUCCUCCUCCUGAAGGUAGUGAAAUCUCAACUCGGGCCACCACACAGACAACAAACAGGAAAGCUGUAUCUGGUUGACCUCGCUGGUUCAGAGGACAAUCGACGUACAGGGAACCAGGGCAUUCGUCUGAAAGAGAGUGGAGCCAUCAAUCUGUCCCUCUUCACCCUCAGUAAAGUGGUGGAUGCUUUGAACGCAGGGGCCGGGAGCCGUGUGCCCUACAGAGACAGUAAACUCACCCGUCUGCUGCAGGACUCUCUGGGAGGUUCAGCACAUUCGGUCAUGAUCACGAACAUAGCGCCGGAGUACAGAUACUACUUUGACACUUUCUCCGCCCUCAACUUUGCUGCCAAGUCAAAACAGAUUGUGAAUCGUCCAUUUGUCAGGGAAACUGUGGUGGCCCCUGUUAUUGCUCCUGGCAAGAGAGCCAGAGAGGAGCAGGAGGCCAGAGGUACUUGUGAGCCCCAGAACAAGAAGUCAAAGGAGGGGAAGAAAGCUGAGCACCCCCCAUCACCACCCACACAACCACACAGUUCACCAGAUUCAUCAGUUCUGGACCGACUGAUUGCCCUGGAGAAGAUUAUGAUGGGUUCAGGAGAGAGAGAGAGACUCAACCUGCUCAAAACUGUGGCCCAGUCCCGCAAAGAGAUUCAGAUGUUGAAAGAGAAACAGAAGGAGUUGGAGGACAAGGCGAAGAUGCUUAAUAAUCAGAAUGUAAUGAUCGAGAAACAGUCCAAAGAUGGUCUUUUAUUUAAGACAGAUCUCCUCCCACUACAACGAAAACAAUCUACAGCAGCCAAACCACGCAAACAGCAGGCUGUCGUCACACCACUACAGAUCUCUCAGGUGCAGCCUUUACUGCAGUCUGUAGUUGUGUGUAAACCCUCACAAUCUAGGGAAAAGAUGAAACGCAUCAAGUCUGAGAUUUGUGAGGGUAAGGAGAAUGGAGGUGUGGACCCUCCCUCUUCUACAGAUGUGAACUGGGAGUCCCGUCUAGAUACAGAGUUACUGGAGUGUUCCAGGAAGAAAAUCCUGCAAACACUGAACUCUGGCUCCCUGAAAGAGCUCAAGAGCCUGCAGCUUAUAGGAGACAAGAAGGCCAAGAUGAUCAUGGGCUGGAGAGAAAUAAAUGGGUACUUCUCAGAGGUGGAGGACCUGAAGAAAAUUGAAGGCAUUACAGCUAAACGUUUCUCUUCCUUCAUUAAGGCCAAUAUCCUCAGCAGUAUGGGAAAGUGAGGUGUGUGUGUAGGGGCCGGAUCAGAAGAGAAGACCUUGUACACUAAUGCUUUUUAAAUGUAUUACUUUUUAAUGUGUGUAACAUUUUUGUACAGUUAUUUUUUUUCUGUCUCUCUGAGAUACUGUGUAUACUAUGCUGUUCUUAUAUUUCCUGCAUACUUGCAAAAUUUCCCUUUUUAGUAUUUAA